UCGCCGUGGCUGGGAUCUCGCGGGAAGAGCUGCGGGCACGGCGGUGGCUCGGUCUCCCUGGCGCGGAGCGGGAGGGCUUUUCUCACACAAGCGCUUCCUAGCUGAGAGGCUGGAGCUGCAGCCCCGCAGGCCUGAGCCGUCCCUUGCCUGCCGUCUCCUUCCCUUUCUCAGGGCUCCCUGGUCUGCUCGCCCUCCGACGCUGCUCAGGAAUUUGACAAGAAACUGAAGUUUUGAUUCAGAUAUAUUUUGAAUUGAAACCAGAGAUGUACUAGAGUUUAGAUUCCUUCAUUUGAUUAAGGUAUGCUCUGAAUAUGCGUUGCUUGGCAGCUCGGGUCAACUAUAAGACUUUGAUUAUUAUCUGUGCACUCUUCACCCUGGUCACAGUACUUCUGUGGAAUAAGUGUUCCAGCGACAAAGCGAUCCAGUUUCCACGGCAUUUGGGUAGUGGCUUCAGAGUGGAUGGAUUAGAAAAAAGGGCGGCAGCAUCUGAGAGUAACAACUAUGGGAACCACGUGGCCAGACAACAGUCUGAGGAAGCAUUCCCUCAGGAACAGCAGAAAGCACCCCCCGUUGUUGGCGGCUUCAAUAGCAAUGUGGGAAGUAAGGUGUUAGGGCUCAAAUAUGAAGAAAUUGACUGUCUCAUAAAUGAUGAACACACAAUUAAAGGGAGACGAGAGGGGACUGAAGUCUUUCUUCCUUUCACUUGGGUUGAGAAAUAUUUUGAUGUUUAUGGAAAGGUGGUUCAGUAUGACGGCUAUGAUCGGUUUGAAUUCUCUCAUAGCUAUUCCAAAGUCUAUGCACAGAGAGCCCCCUAUCAUCCCGAUGGUGUGUUUAUGUCUUUUGAAGGCUACAAUGUGGAAGUCCGAGACAGAGUCAAGUGCAUAAGUGGGGUUGAAGGUGUACCAUUAUCUACACAAUGGGGACCUCAAGGCUAUUUCUAUCCAAUCCAGAUUGCACAGUAUGGGUUAAGUCAUUACAGCAAGAAUCUAACUGAGAAACCUCCUCACAUAGAGGUAUAUGAAACAGCAGAAGACAGAGACAAAAACAGCAAGCCUAAUGACUGGACUGUGCCAAAGGGCUGCUUUAUGGCUAAUGUGGCUGAUAAGUCUAGAUUAACCAAUGUCAAACAGUUUAUUGCACCAGAAACCAGUGAAGGUGUAUCCUUGCAACUGGGAAACACAAAAGAUUUCAUUAUUUCAUUCGACCUCAAGUUCUUGACUAAUGGAAGUGUGUCCGUGGUUCUAGAGACCACAGAAAAGAAUCAGCUCUUCACUAUACAUUAUGUCUCAAAUGCUCAGCUAAUUGCUUUUAAAGAAAGAGAUAUAUACUACGGCAUUGGGCCCAGAACUUCAUGGAGCACAGUUACCAGGGAUCUGGUCACUGACCUCAGGAAAGGAGUGGGUCUUUCCAACACAAAAGCUGUGAAGCCAACCAAAAUAAUGCCCAAGAAGGUGGUUAGGUUGAUUGCAAAAGGGAAGGGAUUCCUCGACAACAUUACCAUCUCCACCACUGCCCACAUGGCCGCAUUUUUUGCUGCUAGUGAUUGGCUGGUAAGGAACCAGGAUGAGAAAGGUGGCUGGCCAAUUAUGGUGACCCGUAAGUUAGGGGAAGGGUUCAAGUCUUUAGAGCCAGGAUGGUAUUCUGCCAUGGCCCAAGGGCAAGCCAUUUCUACAUUAGUGAGGGCCUAUUUGUUAACAAAAGACCAUAUAUUCCUCGAUUCAGCUUUAAGGGCAACAGCCCCUUAUAAGUUUCUAUCUGAGCAGCAUGGAGUUAAAGCUGUGUUUAUGAAUAAACAUGACUGGUAUGAAGAAUAUCCAACCACACCUAGCUCUUUUGUUUUAAAUGGCUUUAUGUAUUCUUUAAUUGGGCUGUAUGACUUAAAAGAAACUGCAGGGGAAAAACUCGGAAAAGAAGCAAGGUCCUUGUAUGAGCGUGGCAUGGAGUCUCUUAAAGCCAUGCUGCCCUUGUAUGAUACUGGCUCAGGAACCAUCUACGACCUCCGUCACUUCAUGCUUGGCAUCGCUCCUAACCUGGCUCGCUGGGACUAUCAUACCACCCACAUCAAUCAGUUGCAGCUACUCAGUACCAUUGAUGAGUCCCCAAUCUUCAAAGAAUUUGUCAAGAGGUGGAAAAGCUACCUAAAAGGCAGCAGGGCAAAGCACAACUAGAGCUCACAACCAAAAUUAUACUCAGCCUCUGCUGUACACAGAAACUACAGGCUCUGUCUCAGGAGAGCAUAGGCACAUUUUAAAAGGUUAUGUACUGGGUUUUUGUGGAUUCUAUCGAAGUGAUAAGUGAUCCUUAUAACCAGUCUUCUAAAAGAAUUGCAUUCCAUGGGUUGGGUAUUUAGAAAUGUAGGUGGCAUUUAGAACAAAAUGUUGAAUCAGUGGGCUGAACAAAGAUGCUUCACUUUGCCUUGCCCACCACCCUAUGCGGUUCCACAGAUAGUCUAGUCACUCUGUGUGAGAAAGAUCAUGGUAAGUAGUUCUUACUGGCCAACUGUCUAGCACUUACCUGAAGACUAGGUAUGGAGCUCUUUUAAAAUGUGAUUAUUUAUAUUUAUGUUGGAAGCAGACUUAAGAAAAAUAAUGUGCUGUAAAACAGUAAAUAUGUACUUGUAGCCUGGAUAGUGGACUGUGUUCAACUUUUUAAAAAGAUGUUUCUUUUCUAUAGAUUAAUUUCUUGGGAGCAAAUGAGUAUUUGUUGCAUUUGUUCAAUUUGUUGUAUAUGGUGAAUAUUUAAUUAUGGUUUUCUUGAAAUGUGUAAAUUAAAAACACAACCAGUGUUCAGGCUUCACAGUUAAAUAAUGUAAGCACAACUAAAAUGAAACUUGUUGACUGCACAAGAAAUUACAAAGAUGUUUCUGUUUUGAAACUUGAUCUACAAUCAGUAAAAGUUUGAUAAUCACUAUAUCCCUCCCCAACCCUCAUCAUGAUAGUUUCUUUUUGUCACUAUCUAGAAUUUUGUAUUUUAUUUCAGACUACACCUUGGAGUUUUGUAUAUUUUGAGAGAGACAUUUUUGGAACAUUAUUUGGGAAACUUACUACAAAUCUAAAUUUGGAAAGGAGCUAGUAGUUUUAAGGCCACCACCAUUUUUAAUUUUUUUUAGGAUUUUUCCCCCUUUAAAUAAAAAUACUAGGUCAGAUACUACAUACACGAAUCAUAGCAAAGCUUUUUUUUCUUCUCCUACCCAGAUCAUUCUUGAUCAUCAGCUUUCCAAACCAUUGAGCCUCUGCAUCAUUGGGGUUUCUUUUGAAAUUUAAUUUUGAAUUAUUCCAGUUAUUAGAUAGAAGAGAUGUUACUGGUACUGCAUUUGCUAUACUUGUGUAAUCAUAUCUUUAUUUAGGUUAUGUAUAUCCUCCUGUACCUCACAUAAGUAGAUUUCAGAGCCCUCAUGCAAUGGGCAGUGUCUGCUAUAGGGCUUCAGGCAUUAAGUUAAAACCAUGGGAUGUUGAUUUUGCUGUGACUUUUGUUUUAGGGUAUGACAGUACACUAAAUCAAUACUGUAUCUUACAGAGUUUGAAAAUAUGAUCCCUGUACUUCCAGGGGACUGAGUCUGACAAACACAAUGCAUUGAUCUGUGACCUAUAUCAAGUACACAUUUAGGAGCCAGGUAGGUUACCUUCUUACACACUAUAUUUUAAUUGAAUUCAACCUACCAAGCACUCCUUAGAAACUGGAAAACAUAUAUACACAUAUAUGUUAGCAUCAAAGGGGGCAGAAGCAAAGAAGAUACAGAUCUGCACUGAAGACAUUAAACUGGCCAUAGAAAAGUAAGCUUGAAUUCCCAAUUUAUGUGACCACAUUCCUCUUAAUUUUGAUCACAGUAAAAACACUUUUGAGUUAUUAGAUUUACCCCUAGCCUUUGACUUUUGCAUUUCAUAUAUGUUAGAUAAUCUCUCAGCAAGAAUAUCUGGGAACCUAUUUUACUCCCCAUAUUUGUUAUUAUUUAGAAUGGUUCCUACGUCUGCUUUGUUUGCAAACUGGUCUUCAGAUUAUAGGAAUCAAUAAUAACAGUAUGGUACUGCUUCUGUGAUGAAUAUCAGUGCCUUAACAAUGUGGCUGUCCAUUCCUGCUGAAGAAGGAAAGACUUUUGAUCUAGAAAUAACGUUACAAUUUCCUUGCUGUUGGCUUUACACUGCCUUCCACAUUGCAACAGCAACUUGAUUUGUCUGUGAUCCCAGAAUUUUCUAAGAGGAUGAGUUGAACCCAUAGCAGCAUUGUUGGUACGACCAGUGGUUCUCAAACUUGAAAAUGCCUCAGCAUCACUGGGAGCUUAUUGAAAUGCAGAUCCCAGAUAGUCAGUAAAUCUGCCUGUGAAGUAUGAUAGUCUGCAUUUUUAAUGAGCGUUCAAGUGAUUCUGAUGCAGGUGAGCUGGGGGCAUACAGGGAGGAACACUGCCCUAGACUAUCCAUUGCAUUUUUGCCUCUAAAAACUACAGAGUUUUCUAGGGUUUAAAAUUAUGUAAAAUGUUUACUUAUUCUGAGCUUAGAGAGAAUGGGGAGGGUAUUUUUACAUGUUAUUGUUUCAUUUCUUCUUUGCUUUAAUAUUAUAGGUACUAGGUUUGUUUGAUUUUUUCCCACUUAUCUUGAGUUCACUUUGAUGUUAAAUCUAUUGCCACUUCAGUUGUAAAACCAGCCAGAAGUUUCUGGAUGAAGGUCAAGUUUGACCUUUUAGGAGUUAUUGUACAUAAAGGCUUCAUCCAAGAACCAUCCAGUGUACAGAAGCAAAUGCGAAAAGACACAAGCACAACUCUCCAGAUGUGGCAGUCCUUUUCCUUUUUCAGUGCGAACUCUCACUGAAAGCUGCUAUUUUCAUCCUCCUUGUGAUUGUUUUCCUUGUUUCUCUUCCAUUGUACAUGUGGGUUAUAUACCAUGUGUCAAAUAUGCAAUAAUGUGUUUACAGGAUGCCCUUCUGAAGGGUAGUCCUUUGUAAAGCUGUACAGACUUUGCAGUUUAAGCACAAUGUGCACAUGUUAGUUUUAUAUACAGCAAAACUUGAUUUUUUGCAGAUGGAAAAGUAUUUUGUUUCUAUACAAAGUAAAUGGAUUGUUUGUGCUUAAUGUAAAGGCGCUUUAUAAAAUUGUAAAAUAAAGUUUUUAUCCUAAAAGGAA